UCAUGUUUGCAUCUGUGGCUCUACUCUUGGUGGCUGUUCUGCUCUUCCUGCUCCUCUUUCACUCCCCCAGGGCCAAGAAUUUUCCUCCAGCCCCCCGACCCAUCCCCAUCUUGGGAAACUUGCUGCAGCUCAAUCUGGAGAGCCCCAUUGCAGAUCUGAAGAGGCUGACCAAAUGCUAUGGUAACGUCUACAGCCUUUUCAUUGGUCCCAGGCCUAUGGUUGUCAUCAACGGCAUGCAGGCCUUGAAAGAAGCCCUGGUCAACAAAGCUGCUGACUUCUCUGGCAGACCACAGGACCUAAUGGUUAAUCACGCUGUACAGGUGAAAGCUCAUGCUCCCGGAGUGAUUCUAGCAGAUUAUAACCCUGCCUGGAGAGAGCAACGACGAUUUGGUCUGAUGACCCUGAGAAACUUUGGUCUGGGGAAACAGUCCAUGGAGCAGAGCAUUCUGGGAGAGAUACAUCACAUCAUGAAGAUAAUGGAGCAGGGUGUCGGUAAGACCACAAAUCCUCAUCUGCUGUUCCACAAUGCAGCCUCCAACAUCAUCUGCCAAGUUCUGUUUGCUAAGCAGUUCGACUAUGACGACGAGUUCAUGAAGUUUUUUGUUGGCCUUUUUCACGAGACUUCCAAACUAAUCAACGGACGCUGGGGUAUGAUUUAUGACUCUAUUCCUCUGGUGCGCAACCUGCCACUCCCCUUCCAGAAAGCAUUUAUGCUCUUCAAGAUGGCACAUGAAAGACGUUUGGAGAUGUUGGCUGAGAACAAAAAGACCAGAGUUCCUGGUAAACCACGGCAUUUCAUAGACUGUUACCUGGAUGAACUGGAUAAGGUAGGAGACGAUGGCUCGUCAUUUUCUGAAGACCAGCUCUGUGCAUUUAUUUUGGAUCUUCACUUUGCAGGGACUGACACGACCGCCAACACCCUGCUCACUGCCUUCCUCUACCUUAUGAAUUAUCCACACAUACAGGAGCGUUGUCAGCAGGAAAUAGACAAAGUCCUGGAUGGGAAGGAUCAAGCCAGUUUUGAAGACAGGCACCAGAUGCCCUACGUGCAGGCUGUUAUUCAUGAGAUCCAGAGGAUGGCUGACACUGUUCCUCUCAGUGUUUUCCACAGCACCACUAAAGACACAGAGCUAAUGGGAUACUCCAUACCUAGAGGAACCGUUAUCAUCCCCAAUCUGUCCUCAGUGCUGAGUGAGGAAGGACAGUGGAAAUCUCCACAUGACUUUUACCCUGAAAACUUCCUCAAUGACAAUGGAGAGUUUGUGAAGCCAGAGGCAUUCAUGCCUUUCUCUACAGGUCCCCGUAUGUGUCUCGGAGAGGGUCUGGCUCGUAUGGAGCUCUUCCUCAUCACGGUGACACUGCUGAGAAGAUUCAAAUUCAUCUGGCCUGAGGAUGCAGGAAAGCCAGACUACACUCCAGUUUUUGGAUCAACCCAGACCCCCAAACCUUAUUGCAUGAAGGUCCAACUCAGAAUUUGAUAUAGUGAGAAUAUUAAGAGAAAGUAUUAAGAAGAGAAUCCUCACUAACUCAGUUUUCCUCAAUUGUACAAAGCUUAAUUGUAUCAUUCAGCUUGUUGUUUUGGUUUUACAGCCCAAAACUUAACUGUUUGGUUCAGACUUACAUUUGCCCUUAAAAGUUGAGAAUAUGUCAGUGUCAACUUGUUCCGCUGCCCCCAAGUGGCCAAAAAACAGAGGACAGAAAAACAAAUUCUACCAACUAUACUGUGACCUUGGCAUUGAAUGCAACAAAACUGCUAAUUGUACUGAUUGAUCCCAAUGUGAAAUUUAAAUUGGGACAUGAUGGGAAUUGCUAUUAAAUAAAUAUGUUACACAACACCAAUUAUCGUGUAACUUUG